GAGAAAAAAAUCAUGACCCGAAUUCCUCUCUCGAGUUUCCUGAGGAAAAAAACUCAGAAAAGCUCUCAAAAUGGAGACCUGCCGCGAAUUGAGUAUCGACACCUCUCCAGGUCGUCCUACCAAUCACUUCCCUCCUUGAUUUCGGCUUCUACUCGGCCUCGAGCCACGUGCCCUCACUCUCCAUCGCCUGUCUUGCCUCCGGCUUGACGUCUCCGGUAACGGCCGACAGGAUCCCAUCGGCAACUCGCCGAGAUACCGGAGGAGCGCCCGCGAUUCGAAGAAGCGCCAGAGCAAGGUCUCCCUUCGCCUCAGCGGGCAGCUAUACUAAAUAACUUGAACUCCGCUUAUCAUAUCUGUCAACAUGUGUGGCAUUCUCGGCCUGAUCCUCGGCCACGUUGACGACGCCAAAACCCCUUGCCUCGGCGCCGGCGAUCUUCACGAGGCAUUGUACUUUCUGCAGCACCGUGGUCAAGAUGCUAGCGGCAUCGCCAUGUGUACCGCCGCAGGGCGCAUCUACCAGUGCAAGGGCAACGGAAUGGCGUCCAAAGUCUUCCUAGAGGGCAAGCGCAUACCCGACCUCCCCGGAUUCAUGGGCAUCGGCCACCUCCGCUACCCGACUGCCGGCACGAGCUCGUCUGCCGAGUCGCAGCCCUUCUACUGCAACUCGCCCUACGGACUGGCUCUCAGCCACAACGGGAACUUGAUCAACGCGCCCGAGUUGGCCUACUUUCUCGACAAGACCGCCCACCGCCACGUCAACACGGACAGCGACAGCGAGCUGAUGCUCAACAUCUUUGCCAGCGAGCUCAACGAGACUGGAAAGUCUCGCGUGAACGAGGAGGAUCUGUUCAAGGCUCUGGGCCGCAUGUACCAGCGCUGCAAAGGCGCCUGGGCCUGUACCGCCAUGAUUGCUGGCUAUGGCAUCAUUGGUUUCAGAGAUCCCAAUGGCAUCCGGCCCCUUGUCAUUGGCAGCCGGCCAUCCAAGACCCUAGCGGGCGCCACUGACUACAUGAUGGCGUCGGAGGAUGUCGCACUCCGCCAGCUGGGAUUCUCCAACAUUAAGGACAUCAUGCCAGGCCAAGCCGUUUUCAUUGGCAAGGGUCGGCAACCCGUCUUCCACCAAGUCCAGGAGCCCGCCGCCUACACCCCGGACAUCUUCGAGUUUGUCUACUUUGCCCGUCCGGAUACCACCAUGGACGGAAUCUCGGUUUACAGGUCGCGUCAAAACAUGGGCAAGAUGCUUGCGCAGAGGAUCCGCACCGAACUUGGAGAGGAAGCCAUCAAGGACAUUGAUGUUGUGAUCCCGAUUCCGGAGACGUCCAAUGUCUCGGCAGCCGUCGUCUCCGAGACUCUAGGCAAGCCACUGUGCCAUGCUUUCGUGAAGAACCGCUAUGUUUUCAGAACAUUCAUUAUGCCGGGCCAGGGAGCGAGGACCAAGAGCGUUAGGAGAAAACUGAGCGCUAUGGCAUCCGAGUUCCAGGGUCGCUGCGUUUUGCUUGUUGAUGAUAGUAUAGUCCGUGGCACGACCAGCCGCGAGAUUGUCAGCAUGGCGAAGGAAUCGGGCGCCCGCAAGGUCAUCUUUGCCAGUUGCGCGCCGCCUAUUACGCACCCACACAUCUACGGCAUCGACCUGGCAUCGCCCACCGAGCUGGUUGCACACGAGCGAGACCGGUUCGAUAUUGCCAAGCACAUCGGCGCCGAGGAGGUCAUUUACCAGGAUCUCGACGACCUCAAGGCCGCUUGCGCAGAGCUCUCGCCGCGCGACCCGAAAACGCAGGAUUUCGAGGUUGGCGUCUUCUGUGGCAAGUAUGUGACGCCUGUGCCUGAGGGCUACUUCGAGCACCUCAACGACCUGAGGGGAAAGAAGAGGAAGAUGAAUGCCCUGGAGGGCUCUGCAUCAGGCCGGACCGGGUCGCUUGUUGGCAAUAGUGGCCCUGUGCAGAUCUCGAUCUCGGGCACUGCUGCUGCGCCGGUUUCCCCGCCGGCGACGCGCCAGAAUGGCGGACCGCCAAGCAGCACGAGUGGCUCGCCUGUCCUCUCUCGUGUGCCUUUGGCUUCCCCCAUGGACCGCCAAGAUAUCAGUCUUCACAACGUCGCAACCGAGACUUGAAUAUCGCCAACUCAUGCAUGGAGUUUUACUCGUGCCGAGGAUCUAGAGUAACAACAGCUGGGCACCAGAGGAGCGACGAUGAUUUGAUUGAGGAAGAAUAUUGUGGUAGAUGGGGGAUCUACCACCAUGGGCUGGGCGGGCAUCAAUUAGCCCGCAUGAGCUCUGCUGAUCUCGGAAGGGUUUCUAGUGGGGAGCCCACCUAGAGCUGCGAUGCGAGAUAUACAAUGCACGUUGCCGCAUCUAUAGAUAGACACGGAUCACGGAGUUGCUAGGUUCAAAAGCGUCUGGUUUAAGCUGCCAUCAGGGUCUGGAAUUCCGAGACCAAGGAGUGUGUCCCAGCAAUCCCGUCGAGAGUUCCGACGGAGCCUUGAGGCUAAAUCCACCCCUGCAUGGCCCUAUAGUUGGCUCCUUGUAAUGAGCAAUGCGUUCUGCCACGGGGCCCUGAUCUUCGGCGCGGCCUUUGCUCGGCAGUUAGCGUUGAUAUUUCUGGUCAGAUAGCUCCGUGUGCCCAACCCACUGCGGUGGGUGCUUGCAUAGAACAAUGAGGCCGUUGUGCUUAGGCUGCUUGGAAGCAAAACCGAGG